ACUUGCUGAUACCAAACCUCUAGAUCUAUGUGACUUGGCUAGAGAAACCAUGACUGAAGUCCUCUGGUCAGCUGUUCUUAAUGUGACUGAGACUCACCUGCUGGCGAACAGUGGAUGGACCCCGGGCAAUGCCACCAGCAGAUGCACACUGACCAAAACUGGAUUUCAGUUCUAUUACCUUCCUGCCGUCUACAUCGUAGUCUUCAUUACUGGAUUCCUGGGCAACAGUGUGGCCAUUUGGAUGUUUAUCUUCCACAUGAGGCCUUGGAGCGGCAUCUCAGUUUACAUGUUCAACCUGGCACUUGCUGACUUCUUGUAUGUCUUGACUCUUCCUGCACUGAUCUUCUAUUAUUUCAACAAAACAGACUGGAUCUUGGGAGAAUUCCUGUGCAAGCUGCAGAGGUUCAUCUUCCAUGUCAACCUCUACGGAAGCAUCUUGUUCCUCACCUGUAUCAGCGUCCACAGGUACACAGGUGUGGUAUAUCCGUUAAAAUCGCUGGGGAGACUGAAAAAGAAGAACGCCGUUUAUAUCAGUGCACUGGUCUGGGUUGUUGUGGUGGCUGGUAUUUCUCCUAUCUGGUUCUACUCAGGGACCGAGGAAAGGAAAAACAACACCAUGACUUGCUACGACACGACAUCAGAUGACUACCUGCGAAGUUACUUCAUCUAUAGCAUGUGUACCACUGUCUUCUUGUUCUGUAUCCCAUUCAUACUCAUCCUGGGUUGCUAUGGAUUAAUAGUGAAAGCGCUGAUUUACAAAGACUUAGACAAUUCUCCACUGAGGAGAAAAUCGAUCUAUCUGGUUAUUAUAGUAUUGGCCGUUUUUGCUGUGUCUUAUCUUCCUUUCCACGUGAUGAAGAACUUGAAUCUACGAGCCAGGCUAGAUUUUCAGACUCCAGAAAUGUGUGCCUUCAACAACAGGGUUUAUGCCACUUACCAAGUAACUCGGGGGCUAGCUAGCCUCAACAGCUGUGUGGAUCCUAUUCUGUAUUUCUUGGCAGGAGACACCUUUCGAAGAAGGCUCUCCAGGGCGACCAGGAAGGCCUCGAGACGCAGUGAGCUCAACGUGCAGUCCAAAAGCGAGGAUAUGACUCUCAAUAUUUUAGCUGAAUAUAAACAGAACGGAGACACCAGCUUGUGA